CAGCAACAGUGCGCCACAAGGGUUUCCUCUUCCCCUGUCUUCCCCUCCCCUCCAACUGACCUCCGCUUCUGCUUCAAGCCCUAGCUCUCCUCUUCGCCGCCGACAAUGAAGCUCGUCAGGUUCUUGAUGAAGUUGAACAACGAGACCGUGUCUAUUGAGCUCAAGAACGGAACCGUUGUUCACGGCACCAUCACAGGUGUGGAUGUAAGCAUGAACACGCAUCUGAAAACAGUGAAACUGACAUUGAAGGGCAAAAAUCCAGUGAGUUUGGAUCACCUCAGUGUGAGGGGUAACAAUAUUCGCUAUUAUAUUCUGCCUGACAGCUUGAAUCUUGAGACAUUGCUGGUUGAAGAGACACCUAGGGUGAAACCCAAGAAGCCAACUGCUGGAAAGCCAUUGGGACGGGGUCGGGGACGCGGACGUGGCCGUGGACGUGGAAGAGGCCGUUAGAUGUAUUGCACUGCUUCCUAAUUUUUGUAAGACCAGGAUAUAUAAACACCGUUGUUGUAGUAGGGAGUCUCUGUUAAUCUUUGGAACCUUGAAAGAGUGGCACUGCUAUUCGUACUUCACGAUUUGCCUUGUGAGGCAUAAUCUUGAUCAUGAAUCAGAUUUUUCAACUAUCUGUUUGCUAUCUAUUUUUCCGGUAUGUUUUAUCUUU